GUGACGAAAGAAGAUCUGGGACGUGCCACGUGGUUGCUACUCCACACAGUAGCUGCCCAAUAUCCUGCCAGGCCCUCUAAGCAGCAAAGGAAGGAUGUUGCAGCCCUGGUGCACACAUUGACGAGGAUUUAUCCAUGUGGAGAGUGCGCGAAUCACUUUCGAGAUAUUGUCAGGAGCAAAGCGCCAGCCACUAGCAGCGCAGAGGAGCUGCAGCAGUGGGCGUGCGAGGUGCACAAUCUCGUUAAUGCAAGUCUGGGAAAAGCGAGCUUCAACUGCAAGCUUGUGCAAGCUCGCUGGAAUGGAUUAGACUGCGGCACUGAUAUGGCAUGCGACAUGACAUCCAGG